UGUCGCCUCCCGAGCCAGAGCGCGCCGGAGGGGACCCCGAGAACCGAGCCCCAAUCCAGACGCCAGACGCCUCCCGCCCUGCCCACUGCCACGGAGCAGGUGGCCAGCCAGCCCGUCCGACCCUGGUCUGGCCCAGCGGGGCCAGUAAGCGCCCACCUGUCCCCAGCUUGGUGCCCAGCCGGGCUCAGCUUGUGAGCAUCAGGCCAGCUAACUGCAGAUCCACAACCGCACAGCUCGCUACAGGGGCACCAUGUCUGGCUCCUACGAUGAGGCCUCAGAGGAGAUCACGGAUAGCUUCUGGGAGGUGGGGAACUACAAGCGGACGGUGAAGCGCAUCGACGAUGGGCACCGCCUGUGCAACGACCUCAUGAGCUGCGUGCAGGAGCGCGCCAAGAUCGAGAAGGCAUACGCGCAGCAGCUCACCGACUGGGCCAAGCGCUGGCGCCAGCUCAUCGAGAAAGGUCCUCAGUAUGGCAGCCUGGAGCGGGCGUGGGGCGCCAUGAUGACAGAAGCAGAUAAGGUCAGCGAGCUACACCAGGAGGUGAAGAACAGCCUGCUGAAUGAGGACCUGGAGAAAGUCAAGAACUGGCAGAAGGAUGCCUAUCACAAGCAGAUCAUGGGUGGCUUCAAGGAGACGAAAGAGGCCGAGGAUGGCUUCCGAAAGGCCCAGAAGCCCUGGGCUAAGAAGAUGAAGGAGCUAGAGGCAGCCAAGAAGGCCUAUCACUUGGCUUGUAAGGAGGAAAGGCUGGCCAUGACCCGGGAGAUGAACAGUAAGACGGAGCAGUCGGUCACCCCUGAACAGCAGAAGAAACUUGUGGACAAAGUGGACAAAUGCAGACAGGACGUGCAAAAGACUCAGGAGAAGUACGAGAAGGUGCUGGAAGACGUGGGCAAGACCACACCACAGUACAUGGAGGGCAUGGAGCAGGUGUUUGAGCAGUGCCAGCAGUUUGAGGAGAAGCGGCUGGUCUUCCUGAAGGAAGUCCUGCUGGAUAUCAAACGGCAUCUCAACCUAGCAGAGAACAGCAGCUACAUGCAUGUCUACCGAGAACUGGAGCAGGCCAUCCGGGGAGCCGAUGCCCAGGAGGACCUCAGGUGGUUCCGCAGCACCAGUGGCCCCGGGAUGCCCAUGAACUGGCCGCAGUUUGAGGAGUGGAACCCAGACCUCCCGCACACCACUGCCAAGAAGGAGAAACAGCCUAAGAAGGCAGAGGGGGCCACCCUGAGCAAUGCCACUGGGGCUGUAGAAUCCACAUCCCAGGCUGGGGACCGUGGCAGUGUUAGCAGCUAUGACCGAGGCCAACCAUAUGCCACCGAGUGGUCAGACGAUGAGAGCGGAAACCCCUUCGGGGGGAAUGAGGCCAAUGGUGGCGCCAACCCCUUCGAGGAUGAUGCCAAGGGAGUUCGUGUACGGGCACUCUAUGACUACGACGGUCAGGAGCAGGAUGAGCUCAGCUUCAAGGCCGGAGACGAGCUCACCAAGCUCGGAGAGGAAGAUGAACAGGGUUGGUGCCGCGGGCGGCUGGACAGCGGACAGCUGGGCCUCUAUCCUGCCAACUACGUUGAGGCUAUAUAGCUACCUUGCCCACCCGACUCCUCUCAGUCCUUGUCCACCGCCUUCCACCUUCCCCUCCCCCUCGCCAUAGAGUUCCAGACAUAUUUUCCGAUCAAGCUUUUAUUUUUUUAAAAGUCAAAACAGAACAAAAAAAAAAAAAAAGAAGAAAUAUGAAGAGACAGCGUUUGCAGCCUACCUGGAGGCCGGGGGGUGGGGCUUAGGGUGAUGGCCUCCCCCACAGCGUGGGCAAGGAUCUUGGGACUUAACCCAAUGUCACAUCUGGUCUACAGAGUCCACCAAAGAGUCUCCUGAGUCUUGAGGGAGAUCUUCUGGAUCCUUCUACCCUGUCUGGCUUUCCUGUCCCACCACGGCUGCCAGCAGCUGCCCAUGCCACCUGAGCCUGGCUUCCUAAACUCUCCUGUCCCCCUUCAAUGCCCCCUUCUCUUAAAGGGCCCCCAAUCUUUAGUCUUCCACUCUGCCCUGGGGGUGCUCUUCUCUUCCCAGCCCCAUCCUAGUGAGGCUGGGGGAGAAGGCUGCAGAGGGGAGGGUAGUGUCUCUUCACUUCCCCAGACAUGAAGGCAGGUGAGUGGGAGGGAGUCAUGGCCUCCCUGGCAUACAGGAGAGGAAGAAGGAGAACAGACCAUCUGACCAGGCUGUGCCAACACUCCCAAUGCCAAGCCCAUUUUUUGGGAUGAAAACCCUAGCUGGGCCUGUGGGCAGAGGGCUCCUCCUCAGAGCCAGUGAGCAUUUGCAGAGACCCUGCCUGUCUCCUAAGUCCUUGGCAAUGGGCAAAGCCUCUUCCUUGGAAAGCCCAGGGCAAAGCCAGAAACAGUAGCAACCUCCUCUCUUACCCUGGGGAGGAGGCAUUUGGCCACCCAUCCCCCUCCCUUCAUGGUCAUUCAGAAACGCCACAGCCCCUCCCAUCCCCAAUCACUGUGUCAGCUUCAGCCUUUGUGAAACCCAUCUACAAGGCUCUCACCUGGCCAACCUAGGAGAUUCAGGGGCUCGGGGAGCCUCCACCUUGGCACUGUAAGGGAAGCCAGCAGCUCAGGCUGGUGUGAGGAAGGAACUCUGGAUGGUCACUGUAUCUUUCUUCCUUGACCUUUUAGUCCCCAACAUCCCCUCUGAAUGCUGGCAGCACCCCCACCCCACCCCCACACACUCCCAUUUCUCUAAGCCCGAGUCUUCGUUAAAGGACUCUGGGGGUGGGAGGGGACACAGGGCCCUUGUGGUUGGGAAGCAGGUGGCAGGCUCUCCCUUGAGAGGAUGGGGUGGGAAACAAAACAGGUCAACUAAGACCUCUUACGGUGGAAAGUGGUCAGAGGCUGUUUCUCUGGACCUUUGGGAACACAGAUUUGAGAAAGUCUCAUAUUCACAGCUGGUGUCCGCUAGGCCUCUGGCCUCCGGACACCCUCUGCCUUGUGAAUCAGGUGACCUUUUGGGCCUCCAGGGAAAGAACAGGACCACCAUCCAUGUUCUCUGGGACCCUUUAGCUCUCUGCUGCUUCUCCUGACACUCAGGUCAUGGACCCAAGCAUUGGGGUCCUGACCACCCCCCUUCUCUUGACUAGGCUGCAGCAGGGCCUUCUGUUGGGUCAGUCCUCCCUCAGGGCCAGGAGCAGGAACAUGGCACCCAAGAGACAGGGCUGUAAGCACCCACUUCCCUGUCACUGUUUGCCCUAGGGGCUUCAGCUGCAGCCCAGGUUGGGCCCUGGAGCCCUCAGAACCGGAAGCAGGAUUCAAACCUCCCCUUCUCCACAGCUCCCCCUGCCUCCCCAGAUGGCAGGCAUCCCCCCAGCUCUUACCUUCACCCUCAUCUCAGAAAGACAAGAAGCCGCCAUGUUUGCACCUUGGGGCCUGGGCUUCCCCCUCUCUGUAUCAGCGGCUUCCCAGCACCUGGGGAGGGGCUGUGGCCCUGACCAGACCCCAGGCCCACCCCACACAGUAUACUAGCUGCCCACUCUGGGGCAUGAACUGGAAAAUCCAUCCCUUUUGAACAACCACCUUCAGUAACCCCCCAUCUGGGACCAGACUUGGUCCUCAAGUUAUUCAGCACCCCCAGUGCAGGAGGGUCCUCCCCCCCUGGAAGUCCCUAGAGCCCGAGCCCGGAGCAGAGCCCCACCUGUGAUUCCUGGUGUUAGGGCGCCUCAAACCUUGGGCUGGACCACACCCCUUCUCGCCGUUUCCACACCCUUACCUGUACUCCCCAGUGCUCCCCAGGGGCCCCUUGAUGCUGCACGGGACCCUGCAGGGCUCGGUCAGUGAUGUGUUUUGUCCCCAGUUAACCGCCAUCCUGUGACCUGGUUCCAGGAGGAGCUCAGGUCACCCCCACCACCGCCGCCACCGCGUCUGCCGCCCUAGGCUUUCAGACAUCAUUAGUUCCGACACUUGUGAAACUCUGAGACGUGCCGUGGUCUCAGCAAUGCACCUGUUUUAUACAUGAUUGUGUAAUUUAAAGGUAUAUAAAUACAAAUAUAUAUAUUAUAUCUAUAUCAGUUGUGACCGUACGGCUGUCGAUAAAACAGAAUUCUGUCACCCUGG